GAAAAAGGAGGCUCCUGGGUGUGAGAGGCAUGCCCAGACGGCGGCCAUAGUUAGCGUAGACCAAGCGCUCUGCACCUCAGCUGGUUGUACUCCUUUUUGGUGCGGCAUUGUUUGUUGUCCCCCAUAUCUGUUCGCUCCCAUGACCCGCGGUGACAGCGGCUCAUGGUCAGACCCCGCACACCCACAGCCAUCGCCGUCGCCACACACUCCCUCCUACUCCUACUCUUCUACUGCUUCUUCCCCUGCAUCGUCUUCACAGCAGCUGACAGCACCAGCAGCAGCAGCAGCAGCAUCGCACAGCCGCAAGACCCCAGCACACUCUCCCUCAGCCACGCCGCCUUCCCCUCCCCAGGCACCGGCAACAACAAUAGCAACACCACCAACAGCAGCAGCAGCACAGAGGCCGCCGCCGCCAGUGACAGUGACCUCACCGCCAUGCCGGCAUGGAGGAGGCGGGACCUUCGUCGCGCGGAGCUUGCCGAGAAGCUGUUGCAGGGUGAAGGGCUGCCCAAGGCCCCUCCCCCUUUCGCCUGGUGCUCGUCUUCUCGCAUGACGGCCGCCAUCCCCGUCACUCACGACCCGCUGAGUGAGGGGUGGCCGAGAGGGGGGUUCCGGAACCACACGAACGACCCCAGGUGCCGCGCCACAUUUGUGGAGGAGUUCUUCGGCGACGGCCUGGGCAGCAACGAGUCGAUGAGGGACAGCCGGCGGCACGCUUUGAUGGCGUCGGUGGCCUAUGGUGAGUGCGGGACCAGGAGGAGUGAGACGGGCAAGUACGUGUACCACAGCAAUGUGAUGCGCGUGCCGGGGGCCGAGAACAACGCGGUCGUCACCUGUGCGUGCGCAAAGACCAACGGGACGACCAACGACACGACGGCAAAGGGGAGGGGGAACGGCACACACGGAGAGGGGGAGGGGGAGGGCGAUGGGGAGGGUGGUGGGAAUGCCACCUCGGCCAUGGGUGGGGAGUGUGUGGCGACGGCCAAGUGGGAACACACGUCGGGGUCCAAGGUGGCUCACAAGAGCAAGGAGCUGCUGACGCGCGAGUGGACGGCAAUCGGGUGAGUCAGUGAGUGAGUCGUGGCGCAAACACAAACACAGCCCCCAGGCGUCACCUGCCAUCGGUGUCAUGAUGUCCAUCGAUUUGUUAUGUCUGUCCUGUCAGAAGCGGCCACCUGCUGUCUGCCGAGGUGGUCGCGGGACCCAACCUCACCUUAUCGGUCAACAACAAGGACGAGUAAGCCAGCCAACAAAACACACCUACCAGAGACCAUGUGUGGUGUUUGCCGUCCUGCGUUCAGCGGUUUUGUGUUUGAGUCCUGGAUAGCGGGCAGCCCCGGCCACCCCUGGCCGAUGCUCUGCGACCUCGUGUGUCCUGACGGCCCAUCGGAGGCUAACCCCGGGUGCGUCCACCACCUCAUCGUCAACGGCUGCCCCGCCGACCGGCUCCGACACGCCACAUCCAACAACACCCCGCCGUUGUUUACGGUCAUCUCGCAGUCUCGCGGGCACAUUGUCUUCUCGCUGAGGCCUGCCAGCUUCCCCAAGGGCAACAGCAAGGACAAGGACAAGGGCAAGGGCGAGGGCAAGGAUGUCCGGUAUAAUUACCGCGUCCAGUGCAUGAUGGCCGUCUUCCCGAGGCAGCCAUCGGUUGACGAGCAGUGCGAGCUCGGCCGCAAGUACGGGCAGUGGCGCAGGAGGCGGCUGCAGGAGGGGGGCCAGAGCCAUGGCGGUCACACUCCUUCUGCUGAGAGGGGCAGCUGGGGCGAUGACGGCCAUAACGGUGGAGAGGGCAGCAAGCCGGCGGUGUCGCCGGGGAUGGUGGGAGAGGUGGAGGGGCAGAUCGUCAGCCCCCCCAUCAGCCUCAACCCCCUUCAACCUUUCCCCUUCAACGCCAACACGCCCGAGGACUUAUUCAGCGGUCAGUCAGUACACAAGCAAGCGCACCCACAGAGAGCCGCGGACACUGAAUGAAUGAGACUUGUGUGUGUGGAAUGUGUGUGACAGAGAUCGCGAACGAGAUUAUAUGGGACAACUGGUCCAUCAACUGGGGCAGGGACUUCCUCAACCGCGAGACGUCGGUGCAGGUGGGCAACGACGUCGCCUUCGUCGGUAUCGGCAUCGACACACUCGUCAGGGAACAACUGGUCGGUCAGCAAACAUACGAGCGACUCGAGCCACCCACCCCACCUGGCUGCAUGCAUCCUCCAUCCCUUGUGCGUGCGUGCGUGUUGUGUGGAUUGGCUUGCAGGUGAACGUCGGGUAUGGGAAGACGACUGUGACGGUCUCGACGGACGAGCAGGACCUGGAGGGCGGUGUGGGCGUCAUGGUCGGCUCCUACGGCGUCAGGGUAAGUCUAUCAGCGACAGCACCACGACCAAGCUUGACACAAGUCGACAUGCGUGUGAGUCUGAUUGACAUAUUGGUUUGAUAGGUUGAUGCCGACCUUGACGACCGGCAAUAUGCGAUCGAGGCGGUGGCCCGCGGCACGGAGGUCGGCGCCAACAUCGACAAGCUCGACAGGGACUACGGCGUCCGAGUCAAGGUACUCACCCACUGCCGCCAGCUCACGCCACAUCACGCCACCACACCCACGUCGUCUGUAACUUCCUGCGCAGGUGCGUAGCACCGAGGUGACAGUCCGUCACGACUUUUUCGACGUGCAAGACAUUUCGACCAACGACGACGAGGAGCUGGCGACUGAGGUGUUUGUGGGGUACAAGAGCACGGGCGUCGCCAUCGGGUCGGACGUCGACGACACCGAGUACGGCGUCAGCGUCGGCACACUCGGCUACCAGUUCUCGGUGCUCAGGGACUUCGACGAGCGACAGACAGACUUCCAGGGCAACUGGGGGGACGGCUACCAGCUUGUCCUGAACGGUCGGAGGAUCGAUGCCCUGUCUGGGUCUGUGUGACGGCGAUGCUUGAUGCGUGGCCGUGUGUGUGUGAUAUGCCUGCAGGCGAUUUCCCUGACCCGGCAGACACGGAGGUCUUCGUGCAGGUGGGAUUCGGCGUACUCGGCACCACAUACGUCCAGGUCAGCACACAAACAGAGAGCGAGAGAGAGAGAGAGAGAGAGAGACACUGCCGGCCAUCUCUCUCUCUCCGUGUGUGUGUCCGUCGAUUGUCAGGUGGGUGCUGGUGUGGGAGGCGAUGGCAUUCCCCAGGGCAGCGCCGAAGUCGAGACAGACGACGUGUCCUUCGGCGUCGACUUCAUCGACGACCUGGGCGAGCGCUUCUUCCUCUUCGGACUCACCGUCGGCAAGUUCACAUACACGUGGGAGUCCGAGGUCAUCCCCGACAAUCUUCAGAUUCCUCUCAUCCUUGGGGCACUGGGGUAGCCAGAGAGG